AUGAAUGCAUUACUAUUGCUGACCACAUUUACGUUAUGUGUUUCUACAUUUUGUAAUAAUGUUGGGUGUGGCCAAUGUGAAACUGAAGUAUGCAAAACAUGUAAAAUGGGAUAUGAUGAUAAUGAUGAUAGUUGUGAAAAAUGUGAUUAUUACAUUUCAUCAAAGAGCGUUGACCAAUUAACAAAUCCAGUUUAUUUAAAUAUUGAUGAUCAAUGUAUUGAUGUUUCUGAUAAAAUUCAAGGAAAAGAGUUCAAUAGAAUGCCAGUAAAUUCUAGUGAAUUUACUUUAGACUUCUCUGAGAAAUUUUUUUCAUUUGAUAUGUCUGAAGUAACUCCUUCUAUUCCACCUUGUAUUAAUACAUCACAAAUAAAUGAUUAUCUUUUUGGAAAGUGGACUUCGAUUACUCUUACUGAAGGUACUCAAAUGAGUAUUUAUAAUAUUAAAAUACUUAAUUCAAAUCAACAAAUUGUAAAUAAAGAAGUUUCAAUGCAAGUUAGUAAUAUUGUUAAUGGACAAAUGAAUUGUUUAACUUCAUCAAUUGUUUCAAAUGAUGGAUCAUUUUCAAUCCUUUUAAACUCAAAUACAUUUAUUCUAUUUAUUGGACUAAUAAAUGGUGUCAAUUAUACUAUUUCAUUUAAUGCAAAAGCAGCUAUAAACUCAGACGUAUUUCAUGCUUCAUUAAUUAUUGAUGGAAAUGACUAUAUUGAUUACAUUGAUUAUAUUGAUAAUUAUACUUCAUUUGGUAAACCUCAAACAAUGGUUGUUGGUGAAAAAGAUCUUGUUGUUUAUCAAAUGAAAUGUUCUCCAAUAACAAGAAAAGGUAUAUUUUUUUCAGUAAAAACAGUGCCAUAUCAUACUCUUGUUCUUGAUACUAAGUUAUCUAGUUCUUUUCAUUAUGUUGAAGAAAUUAAUAUUAAUACCUUUUCUUGUAAACAACUUCAUAUUGGUAAAAAAGCUGGUUUAACUACAACUGAAGGUUCUUCAUAUGGUGUUUUAUUCAAAAUAUACUCAGAAAAAGAAGAAUUAAGACAUUUUUUUAUGUCAAUUGAAAAUGAACCAUUAACUCUUAGAAUUCAAACCUCAUGUGUUAAUAAAUGUAACCAAGAUAAUGGACAUGGUCAGUGUGUUAUUUCUGAGUUUAAGUGCGUUUGUAAUGAAGGAUAUGGUUUUGAAGAUUGUAGUAGAUUGUGUUAUUAUGAUGGUGAAUUUAAUACCACCCAAGAAAAUCCUUGUUAUUUAGGAACUCCUGGUUGUGACAAACAUUGUAAGUGUAAAGAAGGAUAUAGUUAUCAAAACCAUUAUUGUGUUAGUAAAGAAUGUUUGAGUUCAGGUAUAGGCAGUUGUAAUAGAAAUAAUAAACAUUGUUUGUUGAAUUGUGAAUGUGCGGAUGGUUAUGAACCCACUCAACAUAAGACGUGUAAAUUAAAAACUUGUGGCAAUAAACAAAAAAAUGAAUUUGAAGAGUGUGAUGGUGGACUUCAUUGUAAUGAUUUUUGUCAAUGCGAUGAUGGGUUUACAACUGACCCAAAUGACCCAUUAAGUUGUAAAGAGUCUGGGAUAUUUUGGUGGCAUAUAUUGCUAAUUAUUAUUGGAAGUGUUUGGAUUGCUUUUAUAUUAAUGAUAGGGAUAUUUUUAAUAAUCAAUACCUUUAGAAAAAGGAAAAGUUUUGAUCCCAAGGCAUUAUUAGUAGAACAACCAAACAUAUUUUUAAAUAUAUCUAAUUCGAGUGUUAUUAAUCCGAUUGAAGUUGAUAAAAAACUACCAUUUACAACGAGUUGUGUUGAUUUAACAUUUGGAGAUAGUGAAUUUAUUAGUAUUGGAAAGACGUAUUUCAACCAAGUAGUGUUUAAAAACAAAAGAGACAAAUAUAUGCUUGUUAUUAUUCAUUUACCGAAAUCACCUAAAUAUGUUUUUCAUACAGAACCUGAAUAUUUAAUUAUAACACCUAAAAGAAAAGGUAUGAUUACAAUUUAUCUUACACUUUUUUGUACUAUUAAACUUCUUGGAAUGAAAAUACCAAGUACUGUUUAUUUUUCACAAAGAAAAAAUAAUUUAGAAGAUAUUCUUAAUAAUCUUAGAAAUCAAACAGAAGAAACAUAUUCAAAAGAAGAUAGAGAUAAACAUAAUUUGAUGACACAAGGAAAAAAUAAUAAAUAUAGAUUUAAUUUUAUAUUGAAAAUAGAAGCAUCAGCAUCUACAGAUAUUGAUAUAGAUGAGAUUAGAAUGAUUGAAACACCAAUUGGAGAAGGAACAUAUUCUACAGUAUAUUUAGGAAGUUAUAGAGGGAUUUUUGUUGCAAUUAAAAGAUUUAAAAUGAGUAUUAGAGAUGAAGAAGAAAGAGAAAUAAUGAUAAAAGAUAUUAAAGCAGAAUGUAAUUUAAUGAAAAGAUUAAGAAAUCCAUAUAUUAUUGGAUAUAUUGGAUCAGUAACAUAUAAUCCAGAAAUUAGUUUAAUUAUGCCAUAUGCAAUGUUUGAUUCAUUAAAUCAUUAUUGUAGACCACCACCUGAAGGGAUUAAAUUAACAUAUAAAUUUAAAAUGAGAAUAUUAAAAGAUGUUGCAAAAGGAAUGAGUUUUUUACAUGAAAAUUCUAUUAUGCAUCUUGAUUUAAAACCAGAUAAUAUAUUAUUAAGUUCAUUAUCAUUAUCUUCUGAUUCAGUUGCUAAAAUAACAGAUUUUGGGACAUCAAGAAUUAAAAGAAAUUCUGAUAAAGGACUUGGAACACCAUUAUAUCUUGCACCAGAAACAUAUGAAGAUCAAUAUUUAUAUGCAAGUGAUGUUUAUUCAUAUGCAAUAAGUUCAUGGGAAUUAAUUUGUGAAGAAGAACCAUUUUGUGAUUUCCAAGAUUUAUUUUCAAUUAAAUCACAUGUUCUUGCAGGAUAUAGACUUCCAUUUCCUGAUUUUAUAAGUCCAAAAAUGAAAAAUGUUAUAAUAAAAUGUUGGGAACAAGAACCAAAUCAAAGACCAAACUUUGGAGUUAUUUCAACAUGGAUGUUAGAAAUUGUAAAUGAAACACCAAAUAUUAUUCAUCCACAAGAUGAUACUGUUGAUAAUGAAAUAUUAUCUAAUUUAAUUGAAGAAAAAAAACACUUGAUGGAACAAGUAAUGUUUGAUUAA